AUGACAGCUUCUAAUUAUCUGCGUGAGACUCCUGCGCUAUCAGAGAUCUAUCAAAAGACGCAAGAAAAAUUCGGUGUCCGUCCUUGUCUAUGGCAGCUGAAAGUUGCCGAUGCUCUUCUCAAAGGUGACCGGGACAUAGUGUGCAUUGCAGGCACUGGUAUGGGUCAGACACUCAGCUUCUGGAUUCCGUUGCUAUUCCGCAUCAAUAGUAUUCAGCUUGUCAUCACUCCACUGAACUUACUGGGCAUACAAAAUGCAUCAUCACUUGCGAAGGCUGGCAUCCAGGCCAUCGCUAUCAAUGCAGAUACCGCUAGCACUGCAAACUUCUCGGCAAUUAGAGCCUUGAAGUACCGCGCUGUCGCAGUCAGUCCUGAACAAAUCAUGAAGCCCAACGGCGAAUUCGAAAAGCUUCUGAAGGACCCUUUGUUUACUUCUUACCUCGUAGGUAUCAUCAUCGAUGAAGCCCACUGUAUCACAGAAUGGGGCGAGUUCCGCCCAGAAUACCGAGAGUUGGGCCACCUUCAAUACAUCCUACCAUCAACAAUAUCCAUCAUGAUCGCAUCCGCUACCCUGACGAAAGCGGCCUUGACGCAUACCACCCGACUUCUUCACAUGCACGCUGACAAAAUGGUCACCAUACAUCGCUCGAGCGACCGCCCGAAUAUCAAAAUUGGAGUCCGAAAAAUCAAGUACGCACUCAGUAGCUAUGGUGAUCUUGCAUUCCUCGUCCCAACGGGUUGGAAGGUUGGUAAUCCGCCCCCACCAAAGUUCUUGAUAUUUUUCGAUAGCAUUCCGGACGCCAUCAAUGCGACCAAAUACCUGCGCAAACGUUUACCUGCAGAUAUGCAAGAAAAAAUCAAGUGGUUCAAUGCAGACAUGACGACGGAGUACAAAGAUACUGAGCUCACUAACCUCAUAUCAGGAGAUACAUGGGGCUACUGUACGACAGAUUCCUUUGGAAUGGGAAUGGAUGUCCCUGACAUCAUGCUUGUUAUCCAAUGGCGAGCGACAUGCAAGUUGUCGACACUUUGGCAACAGUUUGGGCGUGCAGUACGAGAUCGGCGCCUCCAAGGCACUGCAUUGCUGUUCGCAGAGAAAGAGCAUUUUGACGAAGAACGACAAGCUAAAGCAGCAAGGAAGAAGACACGGGAAACGAAUCGGAAGAGAAAGGCUGAUACUAACUUACCUAUUGCAUCAGUUUCGAAGCGGCGUGCCCUGAAUACUUCGAAUUCUCAAGGGAUUGCUUCCCAUGCCCAGCCGACUACCAACAUUGGUGACCAUGGUGAUGAAUCUGACGGGUCUGAUGAGGAUGCUACUCCUCCAAUGGAUGGAGGCCUGCAGGGAUUGAAUGACUUUGUGAAGGGUAAUGUGGAAGUAUCAAAAUAUACUGCGAAGCGACACAAAACAAGUCUUGACACUGCGAUGGAUUAUUUCAUUAAUGCGGAGAAACACGACAGCCUCAUGUGCCGCAGGAAGGUUUUUGACGUCAGCUUUGAUCAUGAUGCAGCUGACUCGGACCAUUUCAACUGCAACAAAGAAGAGCCCAUGGGUUGCAAACGGUGCUCCAUCACCCAACCAACUAUUUGCUGUGACAUCCACCACCCCGAGCAAUUUUCUCAAUACGCUUCCCUCAUUGACAAGCCAACAACCAUGCCACAGCGCUCCCGCGUUCCCAAGUACCAGAAGACAGCAUGGGACCGUUCUCUAGAAGAGGCACUGGAUGAUUGGCGGGAACAGAAGAUGGUGUCUGCCUAUGGCUGGCACCACCUCAACGACCUUGGUCCUUCCCUUGUCUUGCCAAAUGCCAUCUUGGAUAGGAUCCUUGACUGCGCACACCACCAUAAGAUUCAGAGUGUCUAUGAUUUGAAACGAGAGAGCGGUUGGAUGGAUGCAGAGAAUUUUGGGGAGGAAGUCAUUACUAUCAUCAAAAGACAUGCGGCACCUCUUCCCUCACCAUUUGUGACGACACCACUUAGAACUGUUUCCUUUCCCAACAACCCCCCUGCCCAACCGUCUUCUACUAUGGUUGUUCAAUCUGUUGAACGACGAAAGAAUCGGUGUAGCGCAUGUGGCCUUGAAGGGCAUAAUGGUAACUUUCAUCAUGCUAACAUCUUUCACUAG